AUGGCACGUUUAACAAAAAGACGACAGGCCGAUACAAAAGCUAUCCAGCAUCUUUGGGCAGCCAUUGAGAUUAUACGGAACCAGAAGCAAAUUGCCAACAUUGACCGUAUUACAAAGUACAUGUCUCGAGUCCACGGUAUGCAUCCAAAAGAGACCACCCGUCAGCUGAGCUUGGCUGUGAAAGAUGGUCUUAUUGUUGAAACUCUCACUGUGGGCUGCAAAGGUUCAAAAGCUGGUAUUGAACAAGAAGGAUAUUGGUUGCCAGGAGAUGAAAUUGCCUACAGUAUGCAGCCUUUCUCCAGGACAGCAACCCCAAACAAGGACUGGGAAACAGAAAAUCAUGACUGGUAUUGUUUUGAAUGCCAUUUGCCUGGAGAGGUGUUGAUAUGUGACCUGUGUUUUCGUGUGUAUCAUUCCAAGUGUUUGUCUGAUGAGUACAGGCUUAGAGACAGCAGUAGUCACUGGCAGUGCCCAGUUUGCAGGAGCAUCAAGAAGAAAAAUACAAACAAACAAGAGAUGAGCACAUACCUGAGGUUCAUUGUCUCCCGCAUGAAGGAGAGGGCUAUAGACCUUAAUAAGAAGGGAAAGGACAGCAAACACCCGAUGUACCGGAGGCUGGUGCAUUCAGCGGUCGACGUCCCCACCAUACAAGAGAAAGUGAAUGAAGGGAAAUACCGAAGUUAUGAAGAGUUCAAAGCUGAUGCUCAGCUACUUCUCCACAACACAGUGAUUUUCUAUGGAGCAGACAGUGAGCAAGCUGACAUAGCAAGGAUGCUGUAUAAAGAUACCUGUCAUGAGCUGGAUGAGUUACAGCUUUGCAAGAACUGCUUCUAUUUGUCAAAUGCUCGUCCUGACAAUUGGUUCUGCUAUCCUUGCAUACCUAAUCAUGAACUGGUUUGGGCUAAGAUGAAAGGUUUUGGAUUCUGGCCAGCCAAGGUCAUGCAGAAGGAGGACAAUCAGGUUGACGUCCGCUUCUUCGGUCACCACCAUCAAAGGGCUUGGAUUCCUUCUGAAAACAUACAGGACAUCACAGUCAAUGUCCAUCGGCUGCAUGUUAAACGCAGUAUGGGUUGGAAAAAGGCUUGUGAUGAGCUGGAACUGCAUCAGCGUUUCCUUCGUGAAGGAAGAUUUUGGAAGUCUAAGAAUGAGGACCGUGGAGAGGAGGAGGCAGAAUCUAGUAUCUCCUCUACCAGCAAUGAGCAACUAAAGGUCACUCAGGAACCAAGAGCAAAGAAAGGGCGACGUAAUCAAAGUGUGGAACCCAAAAAAGAAGAACCAGAGCCUGAAACCGAAGCAGUCAGUUCCAGCCAGGAAAUCCCCACAUUGCCUCAGCCAAUCGAAAAGGUUUCAGUGUCAACUCAGACCAAGAAGUUAAGUGCCUCUUCACCAAGAAUGCUGCAUCGAAGCACCCAGACCACCAGUGAUGGAGUGUGUCAAAGCAUGUGCCACGACAAAUACACCAAAAUUUUCAAUGACUUUAAAGACCGAAUGAAGUCUGAUCACAAGCGAGAAACUGAAAGAGUUGUAAGAGAAGCUCUAGAAAAGCUGCGUUCUGAAAUGGAAGAAGAAAAAAGACAAGCUGUAAACAAGGCUGUCGCCAAUAUGCAGGGUGAGAUGGACAGAAAAUGUAAACAAGUAAAGGAAAAGUGUAAAGAAGAGUUUGUAGAGGAAAUCAAGAAACUAGCAACACAGCACAAACAACUAAUUUCUCAGACCAAGAAGAAGCAGUGGUGCUACAACUGCGAGGAGGAGGCCAUGUACCACUGCUGCUGGAACACCUCCUACUGCUCCAUCAAGUGCCAGCAGGAGCACUGGCACGCCGAGCACAAGCGCACCUGCCGCCGGAAAAGAUGA